UUGUCAGGCUUCUCUAGUGAUUCUUAAAAGUUCAGCACGGCACACGACUCAUGAUUCGGUGGUAGUAGAGACAAUAAAACAGCACAGACAAAUUGACUCAGAAAUGGAGUUUGGAUGCAGAUAUAUAUACGUUGAUGACCAGAUUCUUCAACAUACUGAAGGGUCACGUUCUCCAAGGAUCUCGUUGCCCAAUGGACCCAUUCACGACGUUGCUCAUCCAGACUCAGAUGUUUAUGAUAAUGUGGGAUCUGAAGGAAUAUCUCAGCCCAGUUCUUCCACCGAUGGUUUUUCUGACACCCAUACAGAGACCGCGUUCAAAACUGGACAGCUGUCACCGACAGGGACUGGUCCGGGGCUCCCAGGGGCAGCACCAGCUUCUGAGAAAUCGCUAUCAGUGGUCUCCGCUUACCCAAAGGUAGAAAAGUCACCUCCUCCAGUACCAAGUCGUGACACUAAACCUCGGCUGGUUCCAGCACCUGAUCCUCAGGGGUCGCCAAUUCAGAGCUCAUUUGGAAAUUCUGAGUAUGUUGAGGUCCUACCUGCAACUCCAGAGGAGUUGGAAAGUCAACGUAUUCCAGUCUGUAAAAAAAAAUCCUUAUUAGAUCUACCGCCAGAUGUGGCCCCCAAGUUACUGGCAAAUUGCAAUAUUCUGCUCCUGAAUGUUGGGAAGUUGGUGGAUGUCCCUGAAACCCCGAGUUCAGAAUCCCCGUUGUUGUGCAGUAAUUGUGCCGCUGGCCUGUCAGCCUUAAACAACAUACAGAAAAACAAGUAUUGGACCUGCGUGUUCUGUGGUUCUGUGAAUACCAUCGAAGAGGGCAAAAAAUACUACAACUUUGCAGAAGAUGAAGUCUUCCUCGGGAAGCCUGGAGGCCAGCAUGGUUCUGCUGGAGAAGACAUGUUGAUAUUUUGUAUUGACAUAUCUGGGAGCAUGAGUGUGACAUCGGAGAUGCAGUCUGAAAGUAGCCCUGACGAUAAUAACCUGGUUCUCCACACUUCAAGAAUGGAGGUUGUAAAAUUUGGGCUGAUGCAGUCGCUCAAUUUCCUUUAUGUCCACAAUGCUAAGAAACGCGUGGCCCUCGUAACCUUCAGUGACCAGGUUAAGCUGUAUGGCGAUGGCACAAGAAAUCCACAGAUUCUGGAGGACACCGAGCUGUUGGAUCCAGAUUACCUGAAAUCACAGGGUGAAAGCCAGCCUUUACCAAACCCAAUUGACGAGACGAUCGUUUCCCUGAGGUCAAAGAUUGAAUGCCUGAAAGAAAAAGGAGCGACGGCACUGGGUCCUGCUGCCUUGGUUUCCAUAGCAAUGGCAUCACAGAGACCAGGGUCUAAGGCAAGUGAUAAUCUGCACCGAUGGCAGAGCCAACACUGACUUAGGAAAUUUAGAAGACAUAUCAGAGGAAUCUGUGUAUCAAUCCUCCCGGCUUUAUUACAGUAAAUUGGCUGACCUGGCUCUUCAGAACAGUGUUGUCGUAUCCGUGGUCACAAUAGAAGGAACCGACUGCCGACUGCCAGAGCUGGGGCAACUAGCUGAUAAAACCGGAGGAAAGGUGAAUAUUGUAAAUCCUUCGAGGUUGGCAGACGAGUUCCAGUCUAUAUUAGAGGAAGAAAUUAAUGCUACAGAUGUGACAGUGAAGGUUUAUCUGCCAAAAUCCAUGUA